AUGUCGGUGGCUGCCGAGUGCCAACGCUGGCUGCGGCGGAAGCAGUACACGUUCGAGGUGACGUUUGCGCUCAACAUGUUUCGGUCGUGGGAGAAGUCUGUGAUAUACUCGGUGCUUUUCCUGCUCUGCAGCAUGACCUUUAUCGCCGCGGUGCUCUACCUCCCGCACCACGUUACCAUUCUGGCCGGCCGGGCGUGGUACUACAUCAAGGGGGAGCACAUCAAUGUCGCUGCGUCGGCGCGCGAGGCAGUGCGCGACGUCGUGUCCAAGAGUGUGGCGGGCGAGGUGGCCCCUUCGGUCGAGGCGGUCGCGGGCGCCAUCGCCAAGGAGCUGUGA